AUGAGUUUAACAUUAGUAUCCUUCAAUAUUUGCCCAUAUGUUCUUAGAGUGGUUGCUGCACUUAACCACUUGAAAAUUCCAUAUGAAAUAAAAUACAUAGAUUUAGAGAAUAAACCAGAUUGGUUUGUUAAGGCAAGUCCAUUAGAAAAAGUUCCAAUUUUGUUUGUUGGUGAGACAGUCCUUUUUGAAUCCCUUGUUAUUUUAGAUUAUGUAAAUACUCUUGCUCCUCAAUCAUUACUUCCAAAUGACAAUUUAUAAAAAGCAUUGAAUAGAGCAAGAGCAGAAUUUUCUGGAGAAAUCAUUGGUACUUUCUGGAGUGUAUUUUCAGCAAAAACUGAAGAGGUAUAUAUAUUAUAUUUAUAUUUAGUCAUUUAAAAAUAGUAUAGCAGACUUGAAAUGGUAUUUUGAGAAAUUAGAAGGCUGGUUAUAAUAAUCAAAAUUCAUUUUUAGUAAUGAAUUAACUUUAGCUGACUUUGCUUAUGCUCCAAUAUUUACAUUAUUUGAUGCACUUAAGCCCCUUUUGAAAUUCAAUCUAUAUGAAGGAUUUCCUAGAUUAUAAGAAUAUUCUUAAAGUAUUUUAUCACUACCAGGAGUAUAAUCAAGUAAAGUAGAAAAUUAUGAUUAACUCAUUCAAGAGAGAAUCAAAAAAGGAGAUCCAUUCUUUUUGACAUAAUGAU